AUGAACCCUCAUCAGAAGAACAAGGUCGACGUCAAGUCACUCACUCCUGAGGAGCAGCGACUUUUCCGCCUCUACGGCAAGCUGCCCUCUCGAUCCGACCACUUCGCCAAGCAUCUCAAGGACCGCAAAUACUUCGACUCGGGCGACUAUGCCAUGUCCAAGGCCGGCAAGGGCGACGGCGUUGAUGCCGGUGCCGUCGGCUCUCAGCAUCCCGUCCCCGAGAACAUUCCCCACCUCUCUUCCCCGGUGAACGGCUCCGGAGCCAGCGUACCCAAGCACGCCCACCACGGCUCCGUGCCCGGCAUCCAGGCUGGCAGCCCUAUUAAGGAGAGCAGCUUCCUCAAGAGCGAGACCAGCGCUGACGAGACCGAGGGUAACGAUGCCGACAAGUCCAAAAACGCAGACGCUGCUAUACCUGAGCCUGUUGCCGCUGGCGGCGAGGGCAUCCCAAUCCGACGAUAG